AUGCUUGGCCAGACCGCAGGUACUGUUCGGCUUGUUGUAUCUUCUGCUCUCCAACAGGAGAGAGGCUUCGCCACUUUGAAGGACAUCUCUAUUCGUCUGAAGUCUGUUAAGAACAUUCAGAAGAUUACCAAGUCCAUGAAGAUGGUUGCCGCUGCUAAAUACGCUAGAGCUGAGAGAGAUCUUAAGGGAGCUCGUGCUUAUGGUGUUGGAGCUAAAGCUUUCUUCGAUAACAUCAAUCCUGCUGUCGAGGGUGAAACCAAGGAUGAGAAACAGAAGCAACUUUUGGUACUCAUUACCUCUGACAGAGGUCUCUGUGGUGGAGUCCACUCUGCUAUUGUAAAGGAGGCUAAGUCGAUCAUCAGUCAAAACGAAGGAAAGGAUAUCAAAGUUGCUUGUAUUGGAGAUAAGUCCCGUGCUGGAUUACAGAGAAUCUAUGCUGAUAAAUUCUUAUUGACCGGAAAUGAAAUCGGACGUCAACCUCCAAGCUUCGCUGAUGCUUCCAUUGCCGCUAAAGCCAUCCUCGACAGUGGUUUCGAAUUUGAAGAGGGUCACAUCAUUUUCAACAGAUUCAAGUCUGUGGUUUCUUACGAAACAUCCAAGAUCCCUAUUCUUCCUUUGGAGGCUAUCAAGGCUAAGGAAGCCCUUAACACUUACGAUUCCGUAGACGAUGAUGUUCUUCAAUGCUACAACGAGUACGCUCUUGCUCAGCUUAUUUAUUACGCCAUGAAGGAAGCUGCUGCUUCUGAGCAAAGUUCUCGUAUGACUGCUAUGGAUGGAGCUUCUAAGAACGCUGGUGAGAUGAUUGACAAGCUUACUCUUGCUUUCAACCGAACACGUCAAGCUGUGAUCACACGUGAAUUGAUUGAAAUUAUCUCCGGAGCUGCCUGUGUUUAG